AUGGCCUCAUCGGGCGGCGGUAAUCGCGAACCUAAUAGUGAUAACCAGCCUAUCCCACUAAGAGACCUGUCACGUCCUCCCGGCGCAGCGGCCACCCACCAUACCGGAGAUGGUCUACAAAGGUCUGAUGAUGCCCAGGGCCAUAUAAGACGCUCGCUACUUAGUGGCAGGUCCUUUCCUCGGAGAUAUGAACGCCUCGCAGAGGAUUCGCCGGGCCAGGCGCCUGCAGACAGCUCUGAUGGAUUCCAGACAAUUAGUUUGUCACAAGAUGCCAAUUCAAGCGGUGGAGGGCUUCCUCGGACCCCCGAGAGAGGACCUAAUUUGCAUAUACCAUACGUCCCGCGCGAACAGAGCCCUCAUGUCCAUUCACGACUGGACAACAUUGGAGGCCAUAAUUACGGAUAUUCUGAGUCGGAUAAUUUAGCUUCCCUCUCGCAGAUGGAAACCGAGUAUUUCAACGAGAAUGUGUCGUCGCCAGUGGACGCUAGUGAAAGUGAUAGGACCCCUUUGACUGACCGAAGAUAUCUACAACCGAUAAGUGGCGCUACAGAGCCCCCUACCAACCGGAAAAAGAGCUUUAGUAGCCACAGUGGUCAGAGUGUGCGAUUUGCAGAUGCCCCUUCCGGUCGUCACCUUGGAGAUGAUUUACCCCACCUGGAGGGUGGGCUGGGCAGGAGAAAUAGCAGCUUUGAUAGCCCACCAAGGUCGUCACGCCCAAGUUCCCAUCGAUCGAGACGCUUGUCUCCCGCCAGUUCCAGCUCAGCUCUAUCCCGUGCGGGCUCUAUGAUGAGAAUUAUGUCCCAACGCGUUGUAAACCUAAGUAAUGAGCCUGAAUUGGUCGAGCAGUCAUUGAGAAGAAAAUCAUCGCUUAAAACUGCGCGUUUGGAAGGACCGCCCUCUUUACCAGCCAUGACGGACUAUGCGCACGAUAGAACGGAUGGUUCGUGGAAGACUCAAGAAAAUACACCCGAAAAGCGGCCUUCAGUACACCACGAAAGCAGUCCGGUCCCAAUCAACCCACUAAAAGGGAAAGCCUUAGGGAUCUUUUCAUCCGGAAAUAAACUACGCAAGAUAUUAUGUGAAAUAUUAAUCCAUCCUGCCACGGAGCCGACAAUUCUUAUUCUUAUCAUCAUUCAGACAGUUCUUCUUGCAGUCGAGUCGUCGUUUCAGGCCGACAACAAGACCGGAAAAUGGGGAGACACUGCAUUUGAUUAUGCCUUCUUAGUUAUCUUCGUCAUUUAUACCUUUGAGUUAGCCGCCAGAAUAAUUGUGUCCGGCCUCAUCAUUAAUCCCCAAGAAUACAGCACUUUGGAUCGUUCAAAUGGCCUUCGAAAUGCCCUUGUUAUCAAAGGGAGAGAGCUCUUUAUGCCCCAUAGACAUCUGUCAACUAAAAAGACAAAUCCAUUGGAUAGCCAAAUGUCCGUAUUACGGUCUUUUACAAGCAUUCAACCCCAAACUAAUGAUGGCGAUGAGGCAGCCCGACAGCGUGCAAGACUUGCCCGACGAGCAUUUUUACGUCAUUCUUUUAACAGGCUUGAUUUCCUCGCUGUAAUCUCAUAUUGGAUAUCCUUUGUUCUUUCUCUGAUGGCAGUUGAGUCGAGCCGGCAUAUAUUCCUAUUUCGAAUGCUUAGUAGUCUCCGAAUCUUGCGUUUACUUGCUCUAACAAAUGGCACCACGGUUAUCCUUCGAAGUCUUAAAAAAGCCGCGCCGUUACUUGUUAAUGUCGCCUUCUUUAUCGGUUUCUUUUGGCUGCUUUUCGCCAUCAUCGGUGUUCAAAGCUUCAAAUCUAGCCUCCAGCGGUCCUGCGUUUGGGUAGACCCAGAAAACGUACGGAAUUUUACCAUGAAUAACGCUCCUGAUGGUAUUCAAUUCUGCGGGGGACAUCUAGACAAUACCACCGGUGUUGCUAAACCUUGGGUUCUAUCAAAUGGGGUUCCAGGCGCAACAAAACCGAAGGGUUACUUGUGUCCUCAAGGCUCACUUUGUGUAGAAGGAACCAAUCCCUACGGUGGAACCAUUAGUUUCGAUAACGUGGCCCAUUCUCUCGAGCUUGUGUUUGUCGUUAUGAGCUCGAAUACCUUCACUGAUCUCCUUUACUACACCACUGACAGUGACUAUCUUGUUGCCUCUGUCUUUUUCAUUGCAAGCUUUGUUGUUUUGAGUUUAUGGCUUGUCAAUCUGUUGAUCGCCGUUAUAACAUCCUCCUUCCAAGUCAUCCGAGAAGAGAGCAAAAGAAGCGCAUUCACCGCCGAUAAUAUAGAUGUUAUCCCACCCGAAGAAGAGACCCCAAAGCGCGUUAGCACUUUGAAACGCGUAUACUCCAAAACGUAUUGGCUCUGGAUAUCGUUGAUAGUCUUGGAUUUGAUUGUCCAGGGAAUGAGAAGCUCAUCGACGGGAUCUGGGGUCCGCUACUUAAUUAAUUCGAUAGAACUUGCAGUGACGGUUAUUCUCGUGUUUGAAAUACUUUUCCGAUUUGCAGCAGAUUGGAGAAAUUUUUUCAAAAAUAUUCAGAACUGGUUUGACCUUAUGUUGGCUGUCGCAACAGCAAUAAUUCAGCUACCAUUCAUUCACAACUCCGACAAUACUUAUGCCGCCCUAUCUAUUUUCCAGAUUUUGAGGAUCUAUCGCGUGAUUCUCGCCUUCUCCCUGACUAGGUCCCUUAUCAUGACAGUUUUUGGUAAUGUCGUCGGAUUAUUGAACUUAAUCCUCUUCGUGUUUCUUAUCACCUUUCUAACAGCUAUUUUCGCGGUUCGCCUUUUCCGUGACGUGAUCCCAAGAAAGACCGAUGACGGCGAAAUAGUCCGGGUAUCCUUUUUUAAUAUUUAUAAUUCAUUUUUAGGAAUGUAUCAGAUCCUGUCGAGCGAGAACUGGACAUCGAUUCUGUAUAAUUCCACGGCUUCGAGUGCGCCAUGGAAAACUGCGUGGAUAUCCGCAUCUUUUUUUAUAAUGUGGUUUAUUCUGGCCAAUUUUGUUGUGCUGAAUAUGUUUAUUGCGGUCAUUCAAGAGAGCUUUGACGUUUCAGAAGAUGAAAAACGACUUCAUCAAGUAAAAGCUUUUUUACAGCAGAAGCAACUCAAUGCUUCUUCCUCAGGAAACCCUGCACUUUCGUCUAUUUUCAGGUUUGGCCGUAAUGAGCAGAGGUAUCGCGACCCCCUUGACCAUGGACCAGCCGCCCUUGAGAUGCUUCUUAAAGAUGCCGUUGUUCAUGAGUUUCUUGAUGAACCAGUUCCAUUACGACAAACAGAAAGCCAGGCUCCGGAUUUAUCCUCAGAGCCCGCCCAGCCUGGACGUUUUGCAACAUUCUUUAGCAAACUGAAAAGCCGAAUCAUGAACCGUGAACCCAAUCCUUUCUACUCAAAGCUAAAAAUCUCAAGAGAUUAUGAUGAGUUAGAUCCUACCGCAAUGGCCAAGGAAGUGCUAUCCGCAUCUGAGCAAAGGAAACAGGCCCAGCGAAAGUACUUGCAAAGAUAUCCAAGAUAUAACGUUUCGCUAUUUCUUUUUCAGCCUACUAAUCCCAUCCGUCGCCUUUGUCAACGGAUGGUCGGCCCAGGGCGUGGUAACACUCGCAUUGAAGGCGUUGACCCUUACAAACCCGUGUGGUAUACAUUUUCAGCGUUUAUCUAUGCUGCUAUCGUUGCCAUGGUUCUGAUAGCAUGCAUUGCCACCCCCUUGUACCAACGGGCGUAUUUCCAGAGAAACCAUUUUGCGGUCACGAGCUGGUUUGUCUGGACCGAUAUUGGGUUCGCUAUUCUUUUCUCUGUUGAAACACUUAUCAAGGUCAUCGCAGACGGCUUCUUCUGGACUCCGAAUGCUUAUUUUCGGGGCUCAUGGGGGUUUAUCGACGGCGUUGUUCUAGUCACCCUUUGGAUAAAUGUUAUCGCUUCAUUGUCCAGGAAUGGGGAUGUUUCUCGUGUUGUCGGGGCUUUUCGAGCCUUGAGGGCAUUACGGCUGCUUAAUGUCAGUGAUAGUGCGAGAGAAACAUUCCACUCUGUCAUCAUCAUAGGCGGCUGGAAAGUUAUUUCAGCUGCAUUUGUCUCUAUGGGAUUUCUGGUACCAUUUGCUAUAUACGGCUUAAACCUCUUCAAUGGUAAGAUGAAAAAGUGCAACGAUGAUGAUUUUGGUUACGACUCUCUUAGCCAUUGUGUUGGAGAAUACACUGCUUCGCCAUUUGCCUGGAAGGUAUUAGCUCCCCGAUCGGUCGACAACCCGUUCUACAGCUUUGAUACAUUCGGGGACUCAUUGUUUAUUCUCUUCCAAAUCGUCUCUCAAGAAGGCUGGACGGAUGUAUUAUGGAGUGCUAUGAGCAUCACUGGUGUCGGACGGCAACCAAAACCCCUCACUUCUCAGGCCAACGGGCUGUUCUUUGUCGUUUUCAACCUUUUGGGCGCUGUCUUCGUGCUUACACUUUUUGUCUCCGUCUUUAUGCGAAACUACACAGAGCAGACUGGCGUGGCAUUUUUGACCGCUGAACAGCGAUCGUGGCUUGAGCUACGAAAAUUAUUAAGACAGAUAUCUCCAUCCAAAAGGUCUGUGGAUAAGAAAAGCAGCAAAUUUAAGGCAUGGUCUUACAGGAUAGCUGUUAAAAAGCAUGGCGCCUGGGCCAGGACAAUCACUACCCUUCUCCUCAUUCAUUUAUUCUUGCUGGUUUUGGAGUUCUAUCCCUCAAAGCUGUGGUGGGAUAAGACAAGAGAUGCUCUCUUCUUCGUUUUGACUUUAUUUUACAUCGCUAAUAUUGUCAUCCGCCUUGUUGGGCUGACUUGGCCUCGGUUUCGCCGGAGUUCCUGGGAUCUGUAUUCAGUGGCUGCGGUGUCAGGCACUUUUGUCACUACUCUGCUCUCCAUCAUCGGUCAUGAAAACCGUGCUUUUAUGCAGCUACAUAAACUUUUCCUGGUUUCCAUAACGCUUAUGAUUAUUCCGCGAAACAACCAGCUUGACCAGUUGUUCAAGACUGCCGCAGCAAGUUUGACAUCAAUUUUCAACUUACUAACUACCUGGUUCGUUUUAUUUCUUGUCUAUGCGAUUGCCUUGACGCAGAUAUUCGGACUUACGAAAUUUGGCGAGGGCGAGAAUAAUAAUAUCAAUUUCAGAACCGUCCCCAAAGCACUGAUUCUUCUAUUCCGGAUGAGUUGUGGUGAGGGUUGGAAUCAACUCAUGGAAGAUUUUGCGACGAUGGAAUACCCUUACUGCACCGCGGCCACCGAAUUCUUCAAUAGUGAUUGUGGGAGCAAAGCCUGGGCCCGUACACUUUUUAUUUCUUGGAAUAUUCUUAGCAUGUACAUUUUUGUUUCUCUAUUUGUGUCCCUUAUUUUCGAGAGUUUUUCCUAUGUCUACCAGAGGAGUAGUGGUCUUUACGCCAUCAGCAGAGAGGAGAUUCGUCGGUAUAAAGAAGCAUGGGCGACGUUUGAUCCAGACGGGUCUGGAUACAUUUCAAAGGAGCAGUUUCCAAGACUUCUCGGGGAACUCUCUGGCGUAUUCGAAAUGCGAGUUUAUGACGGCGACUUUACUGUUGGGCAUAUACUUGAGCAAUGUAAUUUCAAUCGCCGCCACUCUCAGCAACCACGGGCCAAAUCGACGGAUUGUAUUGAUCUCAAGACACUGAACCGGGUGCUUCAGGGGCUGCCGGUCACGGAAAUUCGAAGGAGACGCGCCCGUCUGAACGCAUUCUACGAAGAGGUUCUCGUCUCCGCAGACCCCGAACGAGGGAUUUCUUUCACAUCUUGUCUUAUGAUUCUUGCUCAUUACAAUGUCAUUAACGACAGCAAGAGCUUAAGGCGAGUUUAUUUUCUCUGGAUUGCGCUUGAAGAAUUUCUGCGAAGACGCGCCCGGCUUCAACGUGUUGAUGAGGCAGUCCGUCGCAGCAUAGUGGUUGGGUUUUUCAACACCUUGUAUUGGUCUCGUCGGUUCCGCCGGCAUCAAGAGUUCAAGCAUAACUCCCGUCUUGUGGAGGUGCCGCAGUUCUCCGUACCGGAGAUCUACGUCGAGGACGAUGGUCCCGAAGAUGCAGUGUCCGAGGGCACACAGAGCCGGGCACCGUCUCCAUCGAUGCUAUCACCCACGAGCGACCGAUCGGGAACGUCGGAACGCAGCAGCCGUGGGCUUCGUGUCGAUACUACACAGUCCGCGGAGGAUCCGUUCUUUUCGCCCACCCAUUCAGAAUGGUCUCAAAUCGGGUCGCUGUCACCCCAUCGAACGACGCUGGGCGAUGGUGACCCAGGCCACACGGACGUUGCUGGCGGCCGGUCACGGGCCAACAGUUCCGUGAGUGUUCAAGGGGUGAUGGACUCGUUCGACAAUUCGGUCUGGGGUGAGAGUAUUCGGCGCAGUUUCACCCGGCGUCGAUCCCAGGGCGAAUGA